GAACUCAAGAAAAGAUUGAAACUCAUCGAACCAACCAACAACACAAGCAAGAACAAUGGAGACUCCCGGCCAAUGAAAAAACCGAGAUUGUCUGCCGCCUCUGCUGAUGCUGGUGGUGGUGAUUGUACGGACGGUGGUGGAGCAGAUAGCAAGGAAGUAAGUAUGACAAGGGAGGAGAUUGAUUUUAUUAAGCUGUUAGAAGAUGAGCUCGAGAAGUUUAACAGUUUCUUUGAAGAAGAGUACAUCAUCAGAUUAAAGGAGUUGCAAGAUAGUGUGGCAAAGGCAAUCAAUUCCAAUGAAGAGAUGAUAAAAAUUAGGAAGGAGAUCGUAGAUUUCCAUGGAGAGAUGGUCUUGCUGGAGAAUUAUAGUGCUCUGAACUAUACAGGAUUGGUAAAAAUAAUGAAGAAAUAUGAUAAAAGAACGGGUGCUCUCAUUCGUUUGCCCUUCAUCCAGAGGGUUUUGCGACAGCCUUUCUUCACCACUGAUUUGCUCUACAAGCUUGUUAAGGAAUGCGAGGCAAUGCUAGACCGCCUUUUCCCAUUGAGAGAACCACCAUCUUCUUUUGAAGCAGCCGACGGGGAUGACUCAUGUGAUCCUUCAACCUCUUCGACUACCAAAAAUGAUAGCACAAUCAGUUUCCCCAAGGAACUUGCAGAGAUUGAACUUAUGGAGAGUUCAUAUAUGAAGAGCACAAUAUCAGCAUUGCGGGUUCUGAAGGAAAUUCGAAGCAAAAGUUCCACUGUUAGUGUUUUUUCAUUGCCACCACUUCAAAUGAGUGGUUUGGAAGAUACUUGGAAAAAGGUUCCUAUACUGGAACAAGAAGCCAAGUAGCAGCAGGAUUUUGAGGAUGGAUGCAGGACUGGCCUUGCCCCCCUCCAUUUUGUAAAAUUUCCUCCCUCUUUUUUUUUUUUUUUUUUUUCCCUCUCUUAAUUUAAAUCCCCUUUGAGUAUAAAAAGAAACUGUAGUUUAGUAAAAAGCUCGAGCAACCAUGUGUCCAAACUUCAGGAGGGUGAAUUAAUAGAUGGAAGAUGGUCGUGCGGAAUUCGAGACAGUGAGAGCUCCAGUUCUGAAGUUAAGCGAAGGAACGAACUCCUUUGCCAAAACACCAGUAUAUAGGCCCACGAACCACAAGUAGGACUAAAAUCCCCAAGAUAAUGCUACGAGCUGUAAUGCUUUAGUGGAUGAGGCCAAAAUGAGCUUCUCCAUGAACAUAUAAAUAUGAAGAUCCACUGCUUUUUGAC